CUUGGACAGAGGCUCAUGAGGAGAAGCAGAAGGGAGAACAGCUCCUACGGAGCAGAGAGGCAGUCCAUGAUGUUCCGUCCGUCAUACAAGCGCUCAAGCCCCUUUUCCCUCCUGGACCCAGAUAUGUGGGACACCAAAUCUGACUUUGAAGCCCAGACCACACGAUUGUGCGGGACAUCAACUGUAACUGGAUCAGAGUCAAUGUCAAAAGCCAGUGCAAGCUCUGAUCACUUUAGAUGGAAUGAGCCAAGUCUGCGCCGGUGGCAGUCACUGUCCCGUCUGCCAGUUGACAAUGUGGCAUGGCCCGCUUCUCCAUCAGGGGGUGAAUUAAGGACUGCUAGAAGUCGAAGUGUUUUUCCACAAAUGGAUGUGUUGCUGUGGCUUCAGGAUGCCCAGGAGGAGAUCGACAGUCAUCUGGACUGGUUCAGCACCAGAGAUCUGCAGCUGGAUGUUGACAAAGCUCCAGCACACGUCUGUGAUUCCAAGCAGAAACAGCCAUCAAGUGUAAGGAGUGCUGGGGAAAAUGCAGCUGAAGACUGUGGAGAACUUUAUGAAAAAGUCCUCCGACUGGAGAAGGAUCUGUUUCAAAUGAGGUCGGCUUUGAGCGAGGAAAGCAGAGAUCAAGCAGUCAGACUCUCAGCUCCUGACUUACUCAAUAAAACACCAACAAAUACUCAGGACAACUUUGAUAAACAGAAAUCAGAAUCAAAUCUGUAUGAGAUGAGAGAGGCUCUGAGAGAGGCCAAGGCGAAGGUGGCAGCUUAUGAAGAGGAGGGAAACAAAACGCUCCAGCAGCUCCAGACUGCGGCAGAGACACAGAGGACCAUGCAGAAUCAGAUAGAUGAAAUGAAAAUGAGGCUCAGCCAAAGUGUGCACAAUCACUCUGAUGAACGAGACCAGCUGAGCGAAGCCAAUAACAAAAUCAGUCAAGCUAGUCUGGAGAAAGCAGUCCUUUCAACGCAAGUAUUGAAGUUGGAGGACAAUGUGAGAGACCUGACAGCCAAACUGACAGCAGCUCUGCUUGACAGAGAAUCUCUGAUCCAGGAAAAGCAGAAGCUCAGAGGGGAACUUCAACUGUUCAAGAAGAAUCUAGAUGUCCCACAAGAGUAUCUGCAGGAGCUUGAGGAGGAGACUAAAAGAGUAAAUUCUAAACAGAUCUUUGAUCUAAAGGAGCAGCACUCUCAGAUGAACAGAGAAAAAGUAGAGCAGCUGAAUGAAAGAAAAGAAGAGGGGGAUGUGGCGUUGUUAGAGACACAGGAUCAGUGCUGCAGGCACAGGGAAUCUGUGGAUGUUUUGCAAAAGGAAAAGCAGGAAAUGCAUGAUCAUCUUCAGCUUUUGGAGGCUCAAGUCGAAGAGAAGGAGAGGAGGUUCCUUCUGCAGGAGGAGGAGUAUCGCAAACAAGAUGCAGCGAGAGUCCAGUGCAUUCAGAAGCUGAAAGCUGUGGCUUCUCACUGGACUGAGAAAUGGCAAAAAGUGGCUUUAACGCUGAAAUCCACACUAGAUGAAUUAGAUGAAUUCAAGAGGAAUUCCAGGGAUGAAACGGAUUCUUGCGCAUGGCUGAGGGCUGAACUGGCUACAUGCCGGCAGGAGCUGGAGCAAGAAAGGAGCAGAAGCCAGGUUCUCCUUCAACAGCUCAACAACAAAGGGGUGGAACUGGAGCAGACUCUUGAAAAAGAGCAAGUGACAGACUUUUCAGACUCAUCCUCGAUACUAUUCGACUCACAGAGCUGCCAAAACGAGCCUCCCCAGGUGUGGAGACAGAGCAGCGAUGUGGAAAUGCUGAGGAAACAACUUACAGAGAAGGAGAAGGAACUGAGUGAGAAAGAACAGGCUCUAAAGAGUCUAGAAAAGCUGAGAGAGACGGAAAAACAGCAAAGUGAAAUGAAGAUUUCUGAUCUGGAGUUGAAGCUCACUCAAGUGUCUGAAAACUGUCAAAACCAUGGAGGUCUGCAGGCAGAGGACUUGACCAGCGACUCACUGAGACUCCAGUUGCAUGAAAGCAGGAAGAGGGCUGAGCAGCUGGAACGGGAGAAAACGCUGGUGGCCCAGAAGCUUCAAGCAAUGAGAGAGCAGCUUAGUGUGGUUAAAGAUGACAAACCAUUGGUUGAAGGCAGGAAGGAGAAAACUGUCGAUUCAGUUAAUCCAGAGACGGAGAGGCAAAGGAGGCUGGUCACAGAGCAGUUAAAGAGCCUAUUUAGGAAGCAAGAAGAAAAAGAAGCAGAGAGGGUUUCUGAAACAGCAGCUUCUCAAGUCGGAGCCUCAUCAUCUCAAGACUGGACAGCCAGCUCCUCUGCUUUAAGGGGUGACCGACACUACUUGCACCAAGGCUCAGGUUUGGUAACAUUGUUUGAGGAGGAUGAGGAGAGCGCUGGCUCAGCAGAGGAGGAGGAGGAGGAAGAGGCAGAGGACGCUCACAUUGAGAUUUCAGUCAGGUCUUCAGAAAUCAGCACUUUGAGGGCAAAAUGUCUCCAAAAAGCCUUAAAGUCCAGACAGCCAGACCAGGAAGCGCCAUCACCGGAUGAGACGACUAAGAUGAAUGUGGCUUGCUGAGGAUGAGCACACCUUCCCUUAAUCCAGAUGGAACAUUCUUGACUGAGAUUAUAGAUAUUUGUAGCUCUAAUGAAGAUGAGGGGGAGGUGAGGCUUUGGUCAGAUGCUUCAUUAAAAAUGUUUCAUUAAUAUAAAUCAUUCAUUUAUGCUGUUUACAGAUGCUUUGUUUGUAGCUUAUCACACCAGGUACACAAUGCUUUUUUGCGGAUGUUUAUUUUAUUCCAAGUUAAAUUGAUUGUAAGAAAUAAUUGAUGUCUUUGUUGCCUUGAAUCAAAAGUCAUGUUCAUUAUAAUCUGUGUCAUUUUAGAGUUUUACUUUGAAUGUUUGUGCCUAUUAUUGCCCAGAAAAUAAAACAUUAAGCAUCAACUACUCAAA